GUAGCUCGUCUGUAUUGUCAUUCAAGAGUGAAACUUCGCUGAUACACAUCAGAUGGUGUUUGUGUUUAUAGUAGCUUUUGUUAAUUAGUCAGCUUCUCAAACCUGUCCUGGGACCCUCACCACUGCACAUUUUGCAUGUCUGCCUUAUCUAACACACCUGAUUCAACUCAUCAGCCAAUGAAUGGAGUGUGUCUGAUGAGGGAGACAUACAAAAUGUGCAGUGGUGAGGGUCCCAGCACAGGCUUGAGAACCACUGAGACCGGAUAAGACAUCAUUAAUGCAACAUAACUUUAGACAUUAAAGCACCUCGGUUGAAGACAGGACAAGAACAUGGGAGCUUCUAAAUCUCAACCUGAGAAAAGGAUUGUGCUUCUUGGGAAAACCGGAGAUGGCAAGAGUAGCGCCGGGAAUACGAUUCUCAAACAGCAAGUCUUCAAGAGUAAAGCUUCACCCGAGUCUGUGACGGCUGAAUGUGUCAGUGCAGAUCGGAAGAUCGAUGGCAAAAAUAUCACCGUUAUUGACACUCCUGGACUCCUUGACACCGCUCUGAACGAGGAGACCAUCAAAUCCGAGAUCAUUAGAUCCGUGAUCGAAAGCUCUCCAGGUCCAGACAUGUUCAUCAUCGUCCUGAAGGUCGAGAGAUACACGGGACAAGAAAUGGAGAUUGUGGAUAAAAUCGUGGAGUAUUGUGGAGAAGAUACCUUUAAUCAUUCAGUGGUUUUAUUCACUCACGGCGAACAGCUGGAAGGUCAAACCAUCGAGGAAUUUGUGAAGAUGAGUCCGAAGCUGCAGGAGCUUGUUGAUAAAUGUGGAGGCCGCUGUCACGUCAUCGACAGUAAAUACUGGAAAAACCGGCAAAAUGGAUACAGGAGCAACAGGGUUCAGGUGAAAAAUCUGCUGGAGACCAUCGAGCAGAAGCUAACCGGCUGCUACACCAAUGAGCUGCUUCAGACAGUGGAGGAAGAGAUUCAAGAGGAGAUGAAGAACGUAGACAAGGUCAAUGUGUUGCCAGAAGAGAAGCGAGAACAAGCGAAAAAGAUCGUGUACACAAAUCUUCAAAUUCGGCUUGCAGCGGUGACCACAGAGACACUGGCCCGUGCUUUUCUGGGCAUCGCUGAGGCGGUGGCAUUCGUGGUGGCUUUACUGUAAGCCGCCAAUGUUGACAGCGGGAACCGAUGCAGGAGUCAUCAUGGCAGUCGUGGGGCAGGGAUUGUUGCCACAGGGGCCGCAGCUCUAGCCGGAGUGAUCGGACGAGGAAUUACUGGAUACAACGCAGCAGAUGAGGCGAUUCAGGGUGUGACACAAUAAACAACUAGGCAUGUGACGCUAUCAAAUUUUCAUGUUGCGAUUAAUUGCUGAAGGUUUUAUCACGGUACUGAAAUAAGUUGCAAAAUAAGUGUUGUCAGUUUAACAGGUUUAAGAACUCUUUUUCUUAUAAAAAAACAUUGAACAUUCAAAUACAAUAAAGCAGUACACAAAUUAUAAGUAAAAUGUUUCAAACAGAUUAAAGUGCUUAUAAAGAACAACAGUUAACACUAUAUAAGGUCUCAUUAUUUAAUGUUAGUUAAUGCAUCAACUAAGAUUAAGAAUGUGCAAUAGCUACAUUUGUUACAGAAAGUAUUAUUUUUUGUUAAUAUUAGUUAAAAAAUACAACUGAUCAUUGUUAGCUUUAGGUCCAUUAAAUAAUAAUUACAGCUUUCGAUUUUAGCAAUGUUAAUAAACAUUAACUAUAAAUUAACAUUAACUGAGAUUAAUAAAUGCCAUUUUAAAUGAUAAUA